AACCCCAUUUUCAAUGAUCUGGCGCCACCCUUUUCCUAAUUAGAUUCGCAUUUUCGCAAUGACCGUAUCCAGUUAGAGAAUAUACAGCAGCACUUCCUAUAACAUUGAAAAUGUUCUUAAGGUCUAGCCGCUAGCACGAGAGCUGCAGAGAGGCUGGGUUCUUGACAUGCAUGACAGUGAGACUCAACGUCGACUAGAGAACUGUCACACACGGCUCCGCGAACAUAAGUCAGUUGAGGACGGAAGAGAAAAAUAGGAAAGCAGAUUGUUUUUCUUUUUAAAACAGAAUUGAGGCUCACUAUCCGAUCUAAUCUCUCGUAUUUAUUGUUUUAGUGAGGCAAAGUCGCAGUGCGUAAAUGCGAUAAUUUUUUGUGUUGAGAAACAACAGAGGGAGCGAUGCAUUUGUUCAACGUGUCCAACACACAGCUGUAGUUUUUUUUUUUUUACGGGCGAGGAAUGCUAUCUGAGCUCGCGCAUCAAUGUUUCACUGGGGCAAGUGGAAGAAGAGGAUGGGCGCCAAUAGUUCUUCUAAGAGACCGGUCUACGAUGAAAAGGAAGAUGUAACCUUUGACCACUUCCAGAUUCUCCGGGCCAUUGGGAAGGGAAGCUUCGGAAAGGUGUGCAUCGUGCAGAAGAGGGACACAGAGAAGAUGUACGCCAUGAAGUACAUGAACAAACAGCAGUGCAUAGAGAGAGACGAGGUCCGAAACGUCUUUAGAGAGCUAGAGAUCCUACAGGAAAUUGAACAUGUUUUUUUAGUAAACCUCUGGUACUCGUUCCAGGACGAGGAGGACAUGUUCAUGGUGGUGGAUCUGCUGCUGGGAGGAGACCUGCGCUACCACCUCCAACAGAACGUUCAUUUCAACGAGGACGCUGUCAAACUCUACCUGUGUGAGAUGACCCUGGCACUGGACUACCUGCAGAACCAGCACAUCAUCCACAGGGAUAUCAAACCAGACAACAUCUUGUUAGAUGAACAAGGCCACGCCCACCUGACAGACUUCAACGUUGCUACAAUAAUCAAGGAUGGAGAGAGGGCCACGGCCUUAGCUGGAACCAAGCCCUACAUGGCCCCAGAGAUCUUCCAGUCCUUUGUGAGCGGGGGGGUGGGUUAUGCCUUUGAGGUGGAUUGGUGGUCGCUAGGCGUGACAGUUUUUGAGGUGCUGCGUGGAUGGAGGCCCUAUGAGAUCCAUGCCAGUAACUCAGUGGAGUCUUUAAUGCAGCUUUUCAGUACAGUCAGUGUGCAGUACAACUCCACCUGGCCCAAGGAUCUGGUCCAUCUCAUGAGGAAGCUGCUGACGGUGAACCCAGAGCAUCGUUUCUCCAGCCUGUCUGACAUGCAGACGGCUCCCUACCUCUCUGACAUCAACUGGGACGCUGUGUACGAGAAGAAGAUAGAGGCUGGGUUUGUUCCUAACAAGGGCCGUCUGCAUUGCGACCCCACCUUUGAGCUGGAGGAGAUGAUACUAGAAUCUCGUCCCCUCCACAAGAAGAAGAAGAGGCUGGCCAAAAACAGGUCACGGGAAGCCAGCAAGGAUUCCCAGUCUGAGAACGACUACCUGCAGGAGUGCCUUGAAGUCGUGCAGUCAGAGUUCAUGAUCUUCAACCGCGAGAAGUUGAAAAAGAGUCAGGAGGAGGGUGCAGAGGGAGGGGAGUGUGAAGGAGCUGCCGAGGGGGGUGAUGAUGGUGAUGGAGACGGAUCCGGAGAGGCUGAGGGAGGCACAGAGGAUGAGGAUCCCGAACCCGAACCUGAGUCCUCCUCCAAACUGAGCAUGUGCGGCUCGGUCUGCUCCUCUCCUGGAAGCUCCUAGCACUGCACCGCCACCUGGUGGUCUCACAGGCUGGUGUGUGUGUGUGUGUGUGUGUGUGUGUGUGUGUGUGUGUGUGUGUGUGUGUGUGUGUGUGUGUGUGUGUGUGUGUGUGUGUGUGUGUGUGUAACCAUGCCUAUAGAUACUUUAACCUCUCCUAUGUAGCCAUGAUGACUGUGGGAACAGGGACGCACAGCAGAA